AGGUCCAUCCAAAGGAGCUCAAUAAGAUCAGUGGAAAGCAAUUUUUUCAGAGGACUCAAUCGACUGAAAUAUUUGUGAGUGUUUUAUUUCAUUUUGUCGUAAGUAUUUAGUUAAUCAACUGAUGACACCUUUAUUUACAGAGGCCUGAAAGUCGCUUUCCUGGCAAUUAUAGCUUGAAUUUUCCGAUAACUGAUCCACAUUAGACGCUGACAAUAAUUGAAAGAGGAGAAAACGGUGGCUGGUAUCAUGUGUAACUUGGUAGUAAGAAAACGGGUAUCCCAUUAAUUUUUUCAACUUCCAUGCCUUGUGAUCGCACAACAUGAAACCAAAAAAGAAAAUGACAGUUUUAAGAUUACACCAAAGACGGGCGUUAUCUCAAAGGGGCUGUCUCACGGCUGUCUAUUUCAUUUUGUGUUCUUGGUUUGCAACCACGUGACAAGGCGGCCAUGUUGGGGGCCAAUACAACAAAAAUUGUUUCUCGAAGAAUUUACAUAAAAAUAUAUUUUAUUUUCCAGGGAAGAGAAAUGCUUUUGUUCUUGACCACCAACAUGGCCUCCGUGACGUCACCUUCAAACAAGCAAUUGCCAAUUACACGUCAUUUUUCGCUGUGGGACUUGACGCUAGCGAAGAAAUUACUAGCAAAUGACAAAAAUCUUUGCUUCACUGAGUCAAACAAAGAUCAAACGUGACAAACAGCAAACAUGAACUUUAAGAAACAUUUAAGCUCACGCUGACAUGCAAGUGCUCACCACAACUGAAAUUAAAAGAGAUAUUGAAGUUUUAAUCUUUUUCAAAUUUGCCCAUGCGUGCCUUAUUUUGUAUAUACUGUGUUGUUUAUUGCCUCUUAUUCCUACAAAUGUUUUGAGCGGUUAUUGUUGUGCUUCACUCAGUUUGGUGGCCGCUCUCGAUGUUUGAAUUUCGAUAAAUCUCGUGACACAUCUCCUUUAGUUAUAUAUAUAAGAAAAUAUAUGCUAUAUUUUUUUUUCUAGGAAUCUUGGUCUCAACGACAUAGAAAGGUGGUCUGGUAACCAGUCCCUUAACACGCCUAAUCUUGAACUCUUGGACAUCACAGCAACAAUCAGCUGGGUGCCAGAUGAAAAUAUCCUGGCUCUUCCGAAACUUAAAGAACUUAAAGGAGUUACAUGGUGCAAAUUUUGUCCAAAUUGUACAGUCAUAAAUCCGCGAAAUCUUGUCGAUGAGUCAGAGCGCAAACGAAAGGCUAAACAAUGCCUUGAACAAUUUGACCAAAUGAAGUUCCUCGAAUUUGGAAAGAAGGAUCCGAAAAGGUUUAUAAAGCAUCGGUUUUUACCAGAGUGUAUGUGCGUGAGGCAAUCGGAAUGUGAAUUUCGACACGUUGUGAUGCCAUAUUUCAAGAAGCGAACCUCCUUACCACAAAAGCUUUUCUACUUGGAGUACUUUCUUAGUCCCUUCACCAUCCUUCUGAACAUAAUAGUUAUCCUGAUAGUGUUGGCAUCCCGUUCCCUGCGUAAAACGCCGUCAUUUAUCUUAAUCUGUCAUACGGGAAUUAUCGACUUGCUGAUCGGUAUUUACGCAAUAUGGGUGGCAUACACGAACAUCUCUAACAUCGACGGUAUUUUAGAAGAAAUAAUGUGGACUGGAAAAGAGCUUCAACCUUCCACAGGACCCAUCUUCAUCUCAGGGCAGCUUAUCUCGGUGUCUAUUGCACUGCUUCUUACACUCGAAAGAUACCUCGCCGUUGUUUACUGUAUGGCUCCUUCCAAGCGCAUGACCGCUAAGGGCGCUUACAUCUCUUUGUCAUUUGCGUGGGGCAUAGCAAUUACUUUUGCGAUCUUGCCCAUAUUUGGUGUUGGAGGUCUACAUUACAAUAUCAAACGGGCUUGCACUCCUUUGAGUUAUGACGAACAGUUUGAUUCCGAUUCCUCCUUGAUUCUAGUGACGUCUCUCACUGUCAUACUGCUCUUGUACUCGGCAACUCUUCCCUUGUACAUCCUACUUUUCCGGUUUGUGAAAAAGAGCAGUAACCAGGUCGGUGUCAAGCGAGAGCUGUCGCUUGCAAAAAAGAUCGCCGUUUUGGUUUUCACAAACUUUAUUUUCUUUGCCAUUCCAAUACUCCUGAUCCUUGUGGUAUCAAUUUUUGCCAAUCUCGACAACAACCCCUUCGAUUUUGACGGCGAUGCUUUUAAAAGCACUGUUUUCAAGAUUGCCAUUGGCCAGUGGUUGCCGGUCACGUGUCUGAACAUCAACUCCCUAUUGGAUCCUUUCCUGUAUGCCUUCAGACAUGCGCAUUUCAAGCGGGAGAUCAGACGCAAACUUAACCGUCUCUGGUCCAGCUCGGUCUUUCCUUCUCUGGCCCCCAUGGUUAUGUUCAAUUCCUUUGGAGAUACCACAGCAGAUGCAGCUGACGCACAAACAAGAAAAACGGUGGGAAUUGAAUUCCAGACACAAUGUAACAACACCAACGAAAACAUGCUUAACUCAAGCAACGAGGAAUUGGAGUUCAAUAAAAUAGAAAAGUAA